UAGAAUUUUUAUUUCAUGUUGAGAGAGGAUGUGCACUGGCAGCAUAUUAUACAUAUAUGACAAAAGCUAAUUUUUUAUUGUAAUAUUUUUUAUUUACAUUUUUAAUAGUUCAGAGGACUCUUGCAAUUUAAAGUGCAUUAUUAAUAGCGUGCGUUUUUCAUGAUUAUUACUUCGGAAAUUCAUUUAGAUGUACCAGAAGGUUUGAAGAUAGCAAUUGGCUUAAUAACAGCCUAUUUUAUAAUAAAAUAUACAAUUUUGAAAAUGCAGUAAUUUUCUGUGGCAUUCCCAAUAGCCUUAACAUAGGAAAAGCAUUUGAAAUAAAAAGUCGUUAAUCAUUUUGCCAGUUUUCGUAAACUAAGUGUGAUUAAAUACGUGCGUAAAUUUGUUUUGAAGGGCAACUAAAAAAGCAAGAUUAUUAUGUUAAAAAAAAAGCUAUUUUAUCAUCUUCUCUUUACGCACGCAAAGCAAAAGUCUUUUAGCCUUCAAGGCGAAACAGUCAUAUCGAAAGAAGUACAUUUCAGGAUUGUUUAAAACUUUAAUAUCGGAUAAGGCGAUUUGAUAUAAAGUUAGUUAUACAGUAAAUAAGCGUGCGCUGGACGUUGGUCAUGUUCAGCUGUAUUUCUGUUGGCUGAGUGCAGACCCUGCCCUGAUGGCCUCAUAUUCAUCUGUAUAUUGACGUGUAGAGAGCAGAUGGAGGCAGAGGCACUAAUCUGAUCUCAGUCUGAUCUCAGAGGUCAUUCUCGCUACAGUUACAGCCACUUGUUGCCAAAUCGCUCAGAGACCGCGAACGCGCCGCGAAACCGUUUUCACAACGCGAGCCAUUUCAUUGCGUUCACGACACACAUCUCGAUGUUGAGACGGGAAUACAACCACUUCUGACUCUGUUUGGGGGAAUAAGAUCACUUUUGAGCAAAUUCGUCGCGAGAAGUAUGGUUGACAACGCAAGCAUAGCAACUAAAUCUGCACUGCAAGCCGCUUUCUCAUCGGCGAGCACUCUUCCUCUGCUGGUCAGCUCCUCCAGCGGUCACAGUCACUCCGGCGGCGGCGGCGGGAUGAAGCUGGAGGCGGUCAUGGAGAAUCUCCAGCGGCAGCAGGCGGCUCGCCUGGCUCUGGAAGAGAAGCUCCGACAAGCCGAAAAGGAGAAAGACAUCAGAUCUAUGGUGGAGUCCCAGAUCCAACAGCAAGCGCUCGCUUACCGCCAGUAUCAAGCAGCUGUCAGAGGCGCGCUGGCCGGGGCAGUCGCGCAAUCGUCCAUGGCGGGUUCAGGACAUCUGGAUCAGCGCGCGGUCGACUCUGACAUUGAUGACGAUGACGACCCAGAUCUAGACCGCGGCAUGGACGAUGAAGAUCGGGAUCUGGAAGACGAGGACAGUAUGAACGAGGGUGGUGGGGAUGAAGAUUUGGAAGGACCCCUGGCUCAUUACCCACCACGCCAUGCUAUUUAUCCCGGUUUGGGACCGUCUCCAAAAAGUACCCCGGUACAUCUGUCCAGAGUCCAGCCGCCGUAUCCAGCUCCAAGGCAGGCCGAAUCACCGAAUAGUUUGGCACCACAAGCACAAUCGCAGCACCACGAAUGGACAUACGAGGAGCAGUUCAAGCAGUCAGGCCACUGCAGCGGGCUGGGGAGGAAGCUGAAAGAUUCAGGCGUUGCUUUCUGUGCUGGUGGCUCUUCAUCUCUGAUUCAGGAGCUAUAUGAACUGGAUGAUGACGAGAAAAGAAAAGAGUUUCUUGAUGACCUCUUCAGUUUUAUGCAGAAAAGAGGGACUCCUGUGAAUCGGAUUCCUAUCAUGGCCAAGCAGGUGUUGGAUCUCUACACACUCUACAAGCUUGUCACAGAAAAAGGCGGCUUAGUGGAAGUCAUCAAUAAGAAAAUAUGGCGGGAGAUUACCAAAGGCCUGAACCUUCCUACCUCCAUCACCAGUGCGGCUUUCACCCUCCGAACACAGUAUAUGAAGUACCUCUAUCCUUAUGAAUGUGAAAAGCGGGGACUGAGCUCUCCCGGGGAGCUCCAAGCAGCUAUCGACAGCAACCGACGGGAAGGGAGGAGACAGAGUUAUGGGUCCACCCUCUUUAACUACUCCCCUGUGGGCACCCCUACAUUGCUGCCUUCACCCAAACUCCAGAUGCCCCACAUCAGCAUGCCCACUCCCAACGGUGGACACAUGACUCAGGCCUCUGUUAUCAAAAAAGAAGACUCUAUGCUCUCCGGCUGCCUGACCAACAGGAUGGGCAUCCCUGUGUCUCUGGCUGGCCACCACGGUGCAGCCCAAGCCGCGGCAGCACAGGCUGCAGCCGCGGCUGCUGUGCAGGCGGCUGCGCUGGAGCAGCUAAGGGAGAAGCUGGAGUCUGGAGAGCCACCGGAAAAGAAGAUGAUGCUUAUGGCAGAGGAGCAACAGAGAAUAAUGCAGCAUGCGCUGCAGCAGAACAUCUUCGCCAUGGCAACCCAACUACCCAUGAAUAUCAGACUGAACAAUAGAGAUGAUAGACAAGAGACUGCAUUGAACCUGUCUACCAACGGCAUUAGCAGCAUCAACAUGUCAAUAGAAAUAAAUGGGGUUGUCUACACAGGGGUCUUGUUUGCCCGUAAACCAACCAUUGGUUUCAUACCAGGCAGCCAGCGAGUCCAUCACCAAAACAGCUCUCAGGGAAAGAGCAGUAGCCCGGGGCUCAGCGCCCAGAUGCAACCGUCCUCCUCUUCCUCCUCCAGCACCUCCUCACACGGACCAGCCACCCCUCCUUGAGUCUUCUCUCUGCCCACAGCUUCUCUCUCAACUUUCCCCCAUCGACAGAUAAGGCAGGGGCUAGGGCAUCCUGUUGGACCAGUUUUCCCUCUGUCUUCUUCAGUACUGUUUUUCUAACCCUGCAAUCAAGAUACGAGCGUCUAUCACCAAAAAACCCCUUCCUGUUUAAACACCAAAACGUCAAGACAUUAUGGGUAUGAUAGCCGCACAUUUGAAGUGUGUUACAUUUAAAUAUGCAGCAAAUUUUGUUCUUCUGAGGACGUGUUGUGAGCGACUAAAUGUACUGUGUGACAAUGUCAGGAACGCAAGGAACAUUGUGACGCGUCAGAGGAAUGAGCGCUGACCUGCUUAAUACACGCAUCCAUGUUAGAUUCUUCACUUUCCUACACAGAUCCCGAGUCAAUCUUGCUCACCUUGUAUCAUAAAUCCAACAGCAAGAGCUACUGUCAGCUAUAACCAAAGAGAAUUUGAUUACUUACAAAGAUGCUUUUUAGCAUGCCAUUGCAAAAUAUCGGAAAUACGCAGUGGAGAUCCAAAUUAAGUGUCAAGUUUAAAAAACUUGAAGAAAGCACAUGCCAUUUAUUUUGAGGCAUCAAAUAUAGUCAGGGAGAAAUGAUUUACUGUUUGCAUUUCUUUUCGUAACGGAAAACGUCACGAGUGAUAUUUUUCUGCUGUAAUAGGUCAAAGAAAUCAUCUACAGGAUACUCUUUAAUAGACUGGGAGAAUCAUACAAUUUAGGCAAUUUGAGUAAAGUGGUGAGAACAACAGAUACCAUCAUUUCUACUCUCGCGUGUCUGGUUUUGGCCUGAGGCCACAGCCAAAUAUAUUCCAUUGAUUACCGAGUUAGUUGGGGAACACUUGUCGAGAAUGUUUAAAGAUUUUCCACCAACUCCGCUCAUCAUUUAUAGCAAAGAUUUUUAAGAGUUCAUUAAAUGGUUUUGCAGACAGCAGUACGGGUUUUAGAAGUCAGUGGGGGUGAAAUGUGAUUGUGAUACGUGAAAGUGUGAUGAUAAGCUGCAAGUUGAUCAUGGGAAAAAAGUGGUGGAGUACUUCAGUGUACUCCAACCGGAAAAGAGGAUCCCGAGAGAAACCGACAGUUGUGGAUAGAAUCCAACAAGUUUUCAACAAUGCACUUGCAUUUGAGAGCUGAUCUCUUAUUCCAUUCUCCAUUUUGCUCACGUUCUUGUUGCAGAUUUCCUUUUCUUCUCUUUUUCAGUUGGCGAGGAAACUGGGAAUGUUAUUAUCGUGUCAUUUUUAAGAAAUCUGUAGACAAUUUCAAGUUGUAUUUAUUAUUGCUUUCAUUCUCCACCUGUCACGUUGAAUCUUGGGUUUUCAGUGACACCGCUUUUAUUUAAAAAAAAAAAAAAUAGAUAAAUAAAUAAGGUCGAUACCUCACAAAUCCUGUAAACCUAUAAAUGGAUACAAGAUAUACCUCAUUUAUUUCAUUUCUAUCAUUUUUUAUUGUGAAGCCACUUGAAAUUUGAUCACUGGAUUUUUUUCUACUUUGUAUUGUUUUACCAAAGAAGGGAAUAUAUGAUGAACACACAUCUACCUCAUUUGUUAUAGACUGUGCCAACAACACGAUCACAGCAGCCAGUUUUUUGAUAAUAGUCUUUUUGUGCUCCAAAUUCGUUUUUGUUUGCAUGAUGUCUGCUGCAAAACCAGAGGCUGGACCACACAGGGCUUUACGCGCCAUUUGCAUUGCUUGUUCGUGUCUGUCUGCGGCGUUUUGUUAUGCUUGGUGUAAAGGUAAUACCAGAAGGAUUCUAUUUUAUGUAUACAACUGCUCAAAAUGAUUUAUUACUGAGGUUUUGUAAAUGAGAUGGUGAAUCAGAUCUGAAAUACACCUAAUAUAUCUUCUGAAAUGUAUCGAAGUAAAGCUGCAGCUAUUGGCGUUUUUAGUUAAUUAAGUGUUUCGGCUAACAUCACGGUCUGCAGCUUUUGGAUGUUUCAUUGAUGCUAGUGUUUGUUUCACUCAUCAUUUCUAUUCACGACAUUAUGUGGUUUUCAGAAAAUAUAUAUUUCAAAAGUUAAAAAGUCUUCUUUUAUACUUUCUCUUAAAUGCGAUGUGAAUGUGGAAACGUGCUCUUUUUUUAAUACCAAAGAUCUGGGUUGGCAAUUUUUGGGGGUUAAUAAUUAUACACCCUGAUGUUGUCAUCGUGUCAACCUGAACUUUUCAUCUAAAUCAGCAGAGAAAUGUUUUAUUCAAUCUCUGCUGUGGCAGAACUCGAUAAUAAGCACUUGGAUUAAAAUGAUUUCGAAGAAAAGGCCAAGCUGUAUAUUCAAUUUGUCUCUGUCCAAAAAAAAAGGAAAUCUAAGAGAAUGUAAUAUCAGUAGUUGCAGCACAACUCAAUGAUUAAAAAAACAAGCAAACCUGAGCAUCAUUUUGUUGUAUAGGUGCAAGAAUGAAUAGAAAUAUAUAGUCUAUAUUUAUGUGGAAUUACAGAGGGCACAAUCAAUGCACAAUUGUCUGAUUCCUGUUGUUCGAUGUAAUUUACCUCUCGAUCUGCAUAUGAAGAGACUUUGCUCUUUUCGCAGCCAUGGCACAGUUGGCUGUCUGUUCUCUUCAGCUCAUGUUACUAGACUGCAGAGCAAAUCUUGGACAAACUGUCGUGUCCUUAUUGACUGUAAAACAAAACCUUGAAUCUGAAUGAUUCCAUUACCAAAGCUUCUACAAAAACUCAUUCUCACGAGCUUACUGUCAAAGUAAAUAACGAUGUUGGAAAACUUGUUCAUAGAGACUAUCAUUUUGAUAAACGUUAAGAAAAAGAAUAUUCACUCAUGUGCUUAAAAAAUUGACAUGUUGUUUACUUUGUUUAGCUAUGUCAACGAUGCUAUGCUGGUAGAUUUUAGAUUCUAUUAUUCGCUGUGUAUAAUGCUUCUUUUCCUUUUAUUCACUUUUUUGGAUGAAUCCAGUGCAUUAUGGGAAGGCUGGAUUGUGGUGCUCAGGGGUUAAAAAAAAGGAAAAAAACAGGUGAAAGAUUUUUUGUUUGUUUGUUUGUUUGUUUUGCCAUUGACUUGUAGCAUAAUUAGA